GCUAACCCGUCCCCCGCCCCAAAUUCACGGUCAGGCGAAAUUCAUAGCUUCCUAUAAGAGGUCCUCGCGCAUUAACGUGCCACGUGACCUAAACAACUUCGCCGUUUUCGGAAAUGAAUUCAGGAGGAUCGUGAGUGUAAAAGUAGUCUAGAGAAGAGGAAGAGGACGAGGGUGAGGUGGAAGAUGGAGGAUUUCCCCAUCCGGACACUGGAGAUGGUGUGUUUGGGUUCAAGUGUGGCUCUCUCUGGUCUGUUUUAUUACAUCUACAGGAAGAAAUGCAAAACUGUGGACAAGCUUAAUGAAGCUCCAGUUUUGCCGCUGGAUGAAAAGUUAGUAGAUCUUUUGAAUGCCACGCCAGGGAAAUGUCUGCAGUAUGUGGUCAUCGAGGGUACAGUGCAGCCCAUUGGGGAACCGUUAAGGAGUCAGUUUCAGGAAGGCACUGUUGGUGUCAUCCAGAAACUGGUCCUCCGAGAACACAAACUUGUGUGGAACAGUUUAGCACGCACUUGGACAGAUAGCGAGCGUGUGCUUCACCAGCGUGUGAAUGCUGUGCCCUUUAACCUGCUGGGUGUAAACAAGGCGUUUGUGCGUGUGCUCUGUCCCCUGGAGGCCACGGGUCCCAAUAUGGACAUCAUCCAUGAGAAGUUCCACCAGGCCAGUUAUGGAUUCACGGACCUGAUUGGUCAGUACCUGAGUGGAGAGAAGCCCAAAGGUCAACUGGAAACAGAGGAGAUGCUGAAAGUGGGUGCCUCUUUGACCGCAGUGGGCGAGCUCAUCCUGGACACGGACCGCCUCCCAAAAAUCCGCCCACCCACCAAUGGCUCGGAGUACUUCCUGAGCACAGAUGACUUUGAAACCCUGCGGCUGGAGCAGGAAGGGCAGGCAGAGGUGUGGAGGGUGCUGGCAUGCAUUUGCGCAUUGGCAGGUGUGGCAGUGCUGAUGUGGGCGGGACGCAGGUACUACCGCCAAUUGAAGCUGCGAUGGGAGCAGGAGAACAUGAGGAGGGAGUUUGAACUGAUGGGUGCAGGGGAGCGAGGAGAAGAAGAGAACGGCAUGGAGGUAUCGGAGAACGCGUGCGUGAUAUGCCUGAGUAACCCACGAGGCUGCGUGCUGCUGGACUGCGGACACGUGUGCUGCUGUUUCCGCUGCUAUCAGGCCUUGCCACAACCCAUCUGUCCCAUCUGCAGACAGAACAUCAAACGAGUCGUGCCUUUGUACCAAGCCUGAGAGACUGAAAAGAAUCCAUUGGUUUCUCUUAAAAAAGGCUUUCAGCACGUUUCAACUACUAAACAUGGUUUAAUCUCAUACACAUGACCACUUGUGCUGGAUUUACAUGAUGUACUUGUCGAAACAGCCUUAAGCUUUAAAACAAUGUUAUACUGUGAACAGGACACCUGCGAUAGAAGCAACACAGAGAUUACUGAUAGACACUUUAGUUUCACCAUUUUAGUUUUAACAUAUUCUUAUGGAAGCUUAUUUCCACCACAGUAUAAAAAAACAAUAUCAAUAAAAAAAAUAAGUAAUUGUGACUUUUUAUCUCACAAUUCUGACUCAGAAUGUAAUCUGUUUUUCUUAUAACUUUUUUCCUCGCGGUUGCAAGUUCAUAUCUAACAAUUCAGACUUUUCUUCUCAGAAUUGUAAAUCUUCUCGCAAUCAAAUCAACAAUAUUUUUCUACUCAGAUUAGGGCUAUCAGGUGAAGAAAUUUCUGACUGUACAAGAGGACUGUGUUAUUGACAUUGCAGCAGUGACAGGGACAGGGACUUGUCUCUGCGCUCGUUUCACACAGGCUGCCAGUCGGUGCAGUUGCAUUAUUACACCAGGAGGUGGCGGCAAGUGACUGUCUUUUCGAGUGAGUCAACUAAUAGCCUACAUUUAAAAAUGCUCCGUUCAUGAAUGAAAUAUGGUGUUGAAAUUAAUUUAACAUUGAGUGCCACUUCAGUGUACCUGCGUAGUGCUGAAAACUGCUGUUUUAUUCAUCAAGAACAAUGCAGUUGAAUCAAUGCACUGAACAGCACUGACACAGUCAUGGGAAAUCUUGUAAAACGCUGAAUGGAUGCUAUGAAAAAGAUAUCGCUUUCAUCUUCUGGGUGAACUGUUUCUUUUUUUCACAAAUAUAUAUAUAACAUGACCUGAAGAAGGACAGAUGCAGGUAAUAGUGCAUGCUCCAAUGAUCUCUCUUUCUGCCUAAUUAGUGCAAAUCUAUGGAACCUAUGUAACGGUACAAAUCACAAUGGUACACACGACGUAAAAAGUAUGUAAAAAAUAUUACUCACUUCACUCUUAUGAUUAUUAACAAAUUGAACAUUCAAUACAUGAGGAUUAAGUGUAAAACAAGAAGGGCAUAGCCUCAUGAAAAUAAAGUGAACAUCGCAUUUGUUGCGGUUACUUCCCACCAAUCAGCGGCUGGCUGGACAAUAGCGCGAUAUUACAAUAUUGCGGUUAUCAGGACAGCAAAUUUAUAUCUCAUAAUUGCGAGUUUAAACUCACAACAAGACUUUAUAGUCUUUUUAGAACUGCUAGUUUAUAUCUCAGAAUAGCAAGUUAUAAACAUGCUAGAAAAAAAGUCUGAAUUGUGAGAUAUAGGCCUAAACUCAGAAUUGUAAGAAAAAAAUGAGAAUGAAUGAAUUGAAUGAAUUGUGAGAUUGAAAGAAUCGCAUUACCUUUAUUUUUUAUUCAUUGGUAGAAUUCAUUUUCCAUAUAUUCCUGCUGGUCUGCUAGUUACAAGUGAAAAGUCAAGUUUCUCGGAGCUCUAAUAUGUCAUUACUCAGUUUGGGAUAAAAUAGCAUGAAGUCAGAGCAAAAAUGUUUUGAUAUUUUAUUGAAUAUCCUGAUAAACAGAUGUCUUUGUGUUUGACUCUGCGUAUCUCAUAUUUGGCACUUAUCAAAUGGUUCAAAAGAUUUUUAUUUUAUUUUUUUCAUUCAUUAAAAAGUAUGGUUAUGUACUGUAUUGAAUAACUGGUAUAAAUAAACCUCAAAUAGAAAAGAAAAAUGUUGUUAGUAAGCUUAGUGCCUUUAUUUAUGAAUAAGAUACUGCACUGGGUAGUUUGAUUUGUUUGAGUUUUCAAGUCCAAAUGUCACGUUUGUCAUGUUAAAUCUCUGGACUAAUUUCUUUGGUCAAUAAACACUGUUGUGUGCUAA